GUACGUCGUCGCCGUCGUUUCGUAUACCUGCCUUUUAGUACCAUUCCGGCUAGCACCGUUCUCAGGUACCGUUACCAGAAGUUACUCGCCUUUGCCUGACGUCAUUAGGACUCUUUAGGUGCUGCAUGGUACAUGGUAUUCGUGGUAGUUGAUCGAGGUGGUGUUGGUGGGUGAUUAUGUGGAUGAGAGACGUUGAAGAAUUAGUUACAAGUGUCGUCUGAGGGUAAAUUUGCGCUAUUUAGUUCGACCUGGGGGAAUGCGGUAGAGUAAAACAGCAUUUUUCGAUAAAAAACACACUCACCAAAUGGCCAGAUAUUACAUUCUCCUUCUAGUCACACUCUCAUUCUUCCAUCCUUCCCUGCAAGACACGAACGACAACGAUGUCGAUACAGAAGACGUCAAUCCUUUUGCAGAAGCUGCUGCAGCAAUCCUCAAGGAACAAACAGGACAAAACAUCGGAUCGAUGGUGAACCAAUUCAUGCAAAGCGGAGGAGCAGCGAAAAUUGGAGACGCUCUCUCUAGAUUGGGUAGAGAGAAUACUGGACAACUCCUCCUAGGCCUGAGCUCUUUAAUACGGUCCAACGACAAGGAAGAAGACGGUGAAGGUGAUAGUACUGCGAACCUCCUAGGAAGUCUAGGAAGCCUUAUGGGAGCUCUUCAAGGAGCAGGAGGCGGUGACAGCGACAACGCGGCUGGAGCCAUCCUGCAAGGGUUGGGUUCCCUCCUUGGAGGUCAAGGCGGACGUGAAGGUCAAGGAGGUAUCGAUCCUGCCAUGAUAGGUUCGCUCAUCAACAUGUUCGUGAAUCAGAAGCCCUCCCCAAAGUCUUCCAAGCCUGCGCAGAAGAAAUCUCAAGCUAAGGUGGAUAGAACCAGACCUAAAGAUGAAAUGAACUUAGAUCUGGGUGAUAUACUGUCCCUGGCAGGAAAUUUCCUUGGUAACACGCAAGGUGACAAUCCUGCGGGAGGAUUGUUGAACUACUUGCCUAUGAUUAUGCAGACUAUCAGCGCUUUUAACAGCCCUGCUUCAAAGAAACGCGCGGAGAGUCAUUCGGACCAUUCCUGGAUGUUGCCGCCUUUCUUGGAGAAGUUCCACAUAGCUUUCGACAAUUUUAUCCAUUCUGAGAUGGGCAAACACGUCAUAAAUGCGAUGGGUGCGGAAAAAGCGUUCAAGGUUUUCACCGACGAGAAUGGUAGGUUUAAUUACCCCAAGUUUGUCGAGAUGAUGGAGAACAGAUCGUUCAGGAGGCAUUGGAUUCGCAUGGUUACCGAUAGGAUAGUGGAUAUGCUGCAGUACGCCCAUGAUCCGAAUGUACAGAAGUCGUACCUUGCCAACGCACAGUUCUUCAUCAACAGCUUUCUAAAAGCACAAGGUUUUCCUAAAUCUACGCUUUUCGACUCUGCCAAGCCCACCGAGACUAUCACAGCUCUCGUCAACUACGUAGCUAAGAAAUAUUUCGACUUGAAAAUCUAUUCGAAAGAGUACGUUAAAGCUGCUGUGGCGUACGUCCAGGAAUUGGCUCGUUUGACCCAGAAGAACGCUUCGUCAGGGAGUGAAGGCAGUGCCCAAUUGUCGGAUAAGCUGGCAGAUACUAUUAAUUUAGAGAUUAUAGAGCCGAUCGCCAGAGUUAACAGGGCUUAUAGGUUUACAAAGUCAGUGCCGUCCUGCGACAGGUACGUUUUCUGUUUGGUCAACGAAGAAAACACAAAUGAACAGGAAGGCUUGCCGGGUCUUAAAAAACUACUUUACAAAGGCGCCAGUCUUUUGGCGAGUUGGUUCUUGAGUGGCGAAACUGGAACGCCUUUUUGGACACUGUACUCAGAUAUUACCGAUGGUAACAACUGCAAGGCCCUAUAUUCCGAAAAAUGCCACGAUUUCCACGUAGAGGAGAUAAAAGUGACGACUGAGUAUGUACACAGUGAACUUUAAAAAGUGAUUUUGUAAAAUUUGUAGAAUACAUUUGCUCGCUAGAUAUGCGAAGCUCAUCUAAGUUAAUUGGGCGCAACAAACAUAUUUAGCGAGCGAACAGUGUCAGGUUAUUUAUUGUGUAAAAAUAAGACUUAAAAGUAAUAUAUAGGUAUAUUAAGAA